AUGAGUGACAAAAUCGCGCAAACUUGGUUACCUAUGUAUGUUGGAACACGUGGAUAUCACGUUUUCAAUUUCUAUGGACACGUCGGCGCCGGCCCCAAAUGUCCGCAUGCUUACAAAUUGAACGAAAAGUUGUUGGGGGACCUCUUCGAAUAUGUCGCGACGCUCGGUGACACACCUAUUCUCCUACUCGGCGACUUUCAAAAGAACCCUGCUGACUCCCAUAUGCUGGGCUCGAUGUUGCAAACUGGCGCUUGGCACGAUCUCGGAAGCAUCUUCACCAACUCGGAAUGGACCUUCCAGAAGGACUCCGAAGGAAAGAUACGCACAAGAAUCGACCUUGCCAUCUGCAACUCUAUCAUGCUUCCUCAUGUUCGUGAUGUCCAAAUCCUUCGUGACACUGGCCUACCUGGUCACUGCCCUUUGCAACUCAAGCUGGACUUUCCACGUGAGCUUGAUCACAUGCAGGUCUAUCGGCUUGCCGCCCCAUUGCUCGGCCUACAACCUGCUCGUGAUGAACGACAGGGUGACAUCAUCGAAAACUCCAUCUGGAACAAACGGGACAUACCUUUUCUUUCUGCUCUCAAAAAUGGAGACAUCGAUUCCGCUUUCGAGAUCUGGUCCACUGCUGCGGAGGAUUAUUGUCUCAAACUUGCGGAGUCACAGGACAUCGCGGUACCUGAUGGCUUCGCCACCAAACACAAGGAUUUGCACAAGAUGAUGCUCGAAACUUGGGAGCCAAUCUUUAACAGAUACAGUGACCGUGACCCUCCACAGUACGAUGACUUCAAACAACAGUUUGGUGGUAUUCUCGACAACAACCUUCCUUUUUCGAAUACUGCGCCAUUUGACGCACCGCCCUUCAAUGAGGACAUUGUCUACGAGCACUUACACAAGCUCAAAAUUUCCGCCCCUGGUGCCGAUGCAUGGCAGGUUCACGAGCUCAAGUGCUUAGGCAAACGAAGUCUACACAACUUGGCGAAACUCUACAAUGCCAUUGAGCUCCACGGCAUCUGGCCUACCUGUCUACUUGAUGUUCCUGUAGCAACAAUCAAGAAGAAAACAGGCGAGUCAGCACGGGACAUACGUCCUAUUUCACUGGCUUCCCACAUAUACCGGCUUUGGGCUGGAGUCCGCUUCAAACAACUUCGUCCAUGGAUGGACUCCUGGAUUCCAGACUCGUUACGAGGCGGUGUGCACGGCCGAGAUACCACCGACAUUUACUAUCAUUUGGCGCUGGACAUUGAACACUCCCACUCCAGAAACACCUUGUUUGGCAUCUUAUUCGAUUUCCAGAAGUGUUUUGACAACAUACCAUGGAGCAUCGAGGAGGGCCUUCUUCGUGAUCUUGGACUGCCUCCACAGGUAAGCAAAUCAAUGUAUUACUUUGCUCGGCACACGAGACGACGAUUUAAACUGGGAUCAUCCGUGGGGCCCGUCAUGAAGAACACAAACUCCAUCAUGCAAGGAUGUCCGCUAGACAUCAUACGCAUCAACUGUCUCAUUGCAGCCUGGAGCGAUUGCAUCAGCAAAAACACAUCCUUGCCUACCUGCAAGCUGGGAGCUUUCGUUGAUGACAGGAGUAUCAGAUCCACAUCCGUCGGUGAACUUCAACAAGCCAUUGACGUCACGGAGCAAUUUGACGCCGCAAUGGACGCAAUUAUUGAACAUAGCAAAACAGUCGUUUUCGCCACCAGCACUGCCGGACGUCAACAAGUUGAACACCUGACGUAUCAACAAAAGGCCUUGCACUCAGCUACGGACGAGCGACUACUUGGAGGACACCUUUCUUUCACAAAGAGACGGGCCAGAAAGCUCGCGGAUCAUCGAGCCAACCAGUAUCUUCAAGUUGCAAGACGCGCAACUUUGUGUCCGCUGAACAUCGAAGCUCGAGAAAUCCUGCUUUCUACUGCCGGUGCCCCCAAAUAUCAUUACGGACUCGAGCUCGGUCCUUGCUCAGUGUCCCUCGAGAGAACUCUCAGAACCACCAUCGUGAAUGCACUCUGGCACAAACGGAGCUCCAGGUGCAUUGAUGUUGUAUUGAGCAUCUGUCACAGAGGACACAGAUUCGAUCCAGCUCAACUUCGUAUGAUCAAGCCUUUUCAAAUUGCUCGACGCCAGCUUCUUAAACAUCAAGAUCUUCGUCAACUCUGGCAGGACAUCUUUGCUUUUACGGCACGGAAACGAGCCAGCUUUCGAGACGGACGGACGAAUGCUGUUGGACCUUUAGCCAUUAUCCAACAAGCUGCAAACAGUAUGCAGUGGACCUGGGCACCGCCUUUCUGUUUCGAAGUUCCCAUUGGCCACAACAAGACCAUCACCUUCAACAUUUUGGACAACUCUGACGACUACUUCUUUCACAUUCUUCGACUUGGGGCUUCCCGUGCUCUUUGGGCGAGAGCCGCUACUACCAGAAAAGACAUGAAGGGCAUCCAGAUUGGCGUUGACAAAACCACCACCCUUCAACUUUACGGACGGAAAACCUAUGCGCAAUACAACAAAGGCAUUUUGCGCUCGAUCUUCGCUGGUGCCGUUUCCACGCAACACUCACUUUACAAGUCCAACCAGACCAAUCACCCCAGAUGCAAGUUUUGCUGGUGUGCGGAUGAGACAAUACACCAUGUAUUUUGGCAAUGUCCACAAUGGCAACAUCUUCGAGACGAACAUUUGCCUGGACAGCUCUUCCAGACAACCCUGCAACUCCCUAGUUGCACGAUGCGCACUGGCUUAUUCCUUCUUACAGAACAGCAGUCAUCACACAUUGUUCAACAGCACGAGGACCCGACUGUUUCCAGAAACUGGCCUACCCACCACUACGCUCAUGCGCCGAAGAUGCAAGAGAUGAUGGUAGAUAUCAUCAAAGCACGCAACAAUACCGAUGCUGCUGAUCCACCUGAUGAUUUUGAUCCGGACAUUUACAAAAAGACUCCCAAAACGAAGCGGGAGUCUGGACAUGAUUCCGAACAAGUUGCUCCGAAACAACCUCCUGCUGCGGCUCCUGACCACAGAAAUCCGAAAACCGAUGACGAUGGCCUGCUGCUUUCUACUUCACUACGUCCUGGUGGUUCCCGUUUUCAAUAUGUCCAGCUGAAGAAAAGCGUUUAUCGUGCUGUUAUCCCUCGUGGCUCCAAGCGACACUCCAUUGGUCCUUUUGAUACUGAAGAGGAGGCCGCACGAGCCGUCAAGGAUUUUUUGGAGCGAUGGGACUCUGGAGAAGCUCCCUUUACACGCGGUUCGAAACGCGAGGACAAGCACACCAAACAUUUACAAGAAGAGCUCAACAAGCUCAACAAGACUGCCAAAGCUGAAGGACGUCACCAAAUCCUUGACGUCAACACACCAGUAUGUACUUUCUGUGACAAAUCAGUGCAGCGAUAUCAUAUCUUGACUUUUGCCUCCAGACAAUGCAAUCACAUUUCUGAGAAAGCGGCUCCCCCUGCUUCACACGAGUACGGUGCUGCUGAUGCACGUCUUGCUGCCAUGAUCAAGCUUGAAAGGAUGCGUGCAACCUGCAAGGUGUGCUGUCCAAGCGCAUCACCGAUUAUCAGCAGUCAAUUCGCGACCAUCGUCUUGAACAACAUAAAGAGCGGAUAUGUUGACGACCGCAACAUGCGCAGUACUGAUCUGCCGCAAUUGCGUGCCGCGAUCCAUAUUUCGCAAAAGUUUAUCAAGCUUCUACGUCCCUUCAUUGUAGCCAGACGACAACUUCAGAAGCACAGCUAUCUGACACCCAUGUGGCAGCACAUUUGGCAUGUCACGCAGAGCGGUUCCAAUUGGGCAUGCCAGACACAUUUGCUGAACCUUACUGACUUUUUCGACGAUUACUUUCUGCACUUGCUGCGCUGGGGCACCAGCUCUCUGCUUUGGCGUCGCGCCUCUGCGGCACGUAAAGACAUGCGAGGAAUCCAGCAAGGCGUGGACAAGUCCACCACACUUCAAGUUCUUAAUUCCAAUCGACUGUUAUCUUAUGACCAGGGUAUCCUUCGAGCAAUUCUUGCGGGUGGUGUUACCACUCAGGUUUCCAAGUGUCACGCUGGUAAUGCUCCCCAUAAUGCCUGUCCUUUCUGUUGGUGCGCCUCAGAAACGGUGCAACACUUGUUUUGGGAGUGUACGCACUGGCAGUCAACGCGGCUCUCGUUUCUGACUCAGCAGCAGCUCGACCUUUGCAAGGACUUGCCUCCCUGCACUUUGCGCACUGGCAUUUUCCCGCUGACGAUUGAACAGGCUGAUGCCAUGGUUCAUCUUCACUCCUGCCGUAAUCUUCAUGCCAGACCGUCAGAUUUGCCACCUUCACCGUGUCCUUUUGCAGCGAGCAUCCAUAGCAUGAUGGUUGCCAUUGUCAAGGCGCGCAACGCCGCUGCUGAACUGCCUGCUCCGGACAAUUUUGUGGCCCUACGUGCCUUUCAUGAUGAUGAAGGCUUGCUCCUCAGUCAGAAGCGCACGCAUCGGUUUAAUACUGAUUUGGAUGCCAAGCUUGCGGCCUUGAACAAGACUUCUCAAAAGCAGGCUCGCCAUCAUGUGGCUUCCGCUGAGGAUCCUACUUGCAAAUGGUCCCUAACCCUGCAGAACGAUGUUGAGUUGCACAACAAGCAAGCGGAGCACCUCAAGACUCUCGAGAGUACCGUGCAGAACAACAUCAACAAUUUCCGCCAGGAGCAGGCUGCGAUGGCCGACGUGACUAUUCUCUGGUCCAUGGCGAUAUUUGCGCGUUUUUCCCAGUGCACCCAUACUUUCAUUCCCAUUGGAAUCGGCACUCGAGGACUUCAUGUAUUCAACAUUUACGGCUACGUUGGAGCGGGUCCCAAAAAUCCGCACGCAUUCAAACGUAACGAACAGCUUUUGGAUUCCAUCCUCCAGUGUGCUGCUUCCUUAGGUGACGUACCUAUUUUAAUUUGUGGUGACUUGCAAACUUCACCUUCUGAAUCUCCAGCGCUUGGCUCUAUGGUUCAGUCUGGUCGGCUGUUUGACCUUGGUCAUCUCUACACCGACAGCGCCUGGACUUAUCAGAAAGGCGACAACAUCCACAUUCGCACGCGUAUUGAUUUAAUGCUGGCCAACGAUGCUCUCUUGCCUCAUGUUGUCAACUUGGAGGUCUUGCGCGAUUCAGGUAUUCCUCAACAUUGCCCUUUACAUUUGUCUUUGGAUUUCCAACUUCAUGUGGACACCAAGAUGGUUUACAAAUUACCGGCACCUCUACUUGGUCUUCUCCCGUCUACGGACGAUGAGGUGGUACACAAAUUGGAACGUUCCGUAUGGGAUGCUGCUGAUACCAACUUCUGGUCGGCCAUUGAAAACCAAGACGUCAAUCUUGCAUGUGACAUUUGGUCUACAUCAUCUGAGCAGUUUUGUUUAAAGCUUGCCAUGCAACAAGGUUUGGAUUUUCGUCGCAAACACACUGGCAGGGGCAAAUUUCCGCGAGUUGCUCAGGUUUCUUUACAUGCCCCGCCUUCCACUCCAGAAGAUGGCGCCGCUUCAAUUCGGACCGCUUCCAUCUUGAAACUUCGGCGUCGAGUUGCGCAAGUACGUUGCAAGUUCAUCUCCAUGCCAUUACACGGUUCACCUGCCCAUGUGCAAUUGGUGUCGUUGUAUAACAACGUUAAAUCUUCCUGGCACCGGCUAUUUGGGAGUCACAUUCCACCACUUGAGGACCUUCAUUCUUCUAUUGAUGAUCUAUGCCAACAGCUUACCGUGGAAUACAAUCAUGUUCAGAAGGAGGUUGCGGAUCAUCGUAUUCACACUUUCAAGCAGCGUAUGAUACACGAUUGGAACAACACGCGCAAGGACUCCUACAAUUGGCUACGUAACAACAAUUGUUUCACUACACCAUGCUUUCAAACGGCUCCAAGCGAAUUUGCAACGAUACAUCGUCGAUUACAUGAGCUCAUGCUUGAAGCAUGGCGUCCCAUCUUCAAUCGAUACGAAGGACGUGCUCCACCGGAUUACACGCAAUUCCUCAACAUGUUCCCGGAUGCGCUGCCAAGUGACGCUUCCUUUGAUGCAUUGCGCCCUUUUCAGAUACCUGUUACUGAUGAGCACAUCAUAAAGUUCGUCAUCCAACAGCUCUCUCCUUGCGCUGGUGGUGUUGACGGUUGGCAGGUUCAUGAAAUGAAGGCUUUGGGCCCGCUUUGCAUACAACGUCUCGUGCAAUUAUACCGACUUGUUGAAUCCACGAACACUUGGCCAGAUAAUCUUUGCGAAAUACCUGUGGCGGCAUUGAAGAAAGAAGGAGGUUUUUCCCCUUUGGACAGGAGGCCAAUUUCUUUGUCCCCACUGCUUUACCGCGUUUGGGCCAAAGCAAAGUUUCAGCAACUUCAAUCAUGGCACGUUUCUUGGUUGCCUGAUGUGCUUCGUGGUGGUGCGCCACAACGCGAAGCCAUUGACUGCUACUAUCAAGUUGCUUUGGAAGCUGAGAUGGCGCAAAUUUCCAACCACACCUUGUUCGGUGUUUUUUACGACUACAAGAAAUGCUUCGACAAUAUUGCUUGGGAAAUUGAGUCGGGCUUGCUUCACGACCUUGGUAUGCCUGCAUCGGUUCAUGGACCCAUGCUUGCUUUUUCCAAGCAAAUUAUGCGACGAUUCAAAUUUGGCAAUUCAGUUGGCCCUGCUUUCCCCAACACGAAUUCUAUCAUGCAAGGAUGCCCGCUUGCCGUUUUACGCAUCAAUGCGGUGGUUGCUGCCUGGGUUCGCUCCCUUUCUUCCCACCCUUCCACUUCAUUGUGUGCACUUGGCGGUUACAUCGACGACAAGAACGUCCGCGCACAAUCAGUUGAGCAACUUCAGCAAGUUGUCGAUCUUACAAGUGCUUUUAACGACAAGAUAGAUGCCGUGGUCAACACUGACAAGACUGUCAUUUUUGCUACAUCUGCCAAAGGCAGAAAGCAGCUUCCGAAUGUCGUCUUGGGCGGACAACCUCUGCAUCAAAUUACAGAUGACAAGUUGGUGGGCGGCCACUUGUCUUUCACAAAGCGGAGGUCUCGUGCCAUUGCCAACAAACGAGCACGCAAGUAUCUCACCGUUGCCGAACGUUUGUUGGAGGUCGAAGGUACAGGUUAUGCCAUUACACUUGCAUCCGCCAGCGCAGAUCUCAUGACAAAGGCGGUCGAAGCCAUCUUCUUUGCAAGGCCAUUUACGACAUUUGCAAGUGUCUCGAUUGCGUGGAUGAAGGAAUCAGCCAAAGCUGUUCUCCAGGUGGGACGCUUGAUCCAUGUUCACUCUGCCGCCACUGGUGUCUUUCUUGCUGGCGCCUCUGAGUUUGAGUCUUUUCUUGGAAUCACUUCCAAUGCACCUUUAGCCAUGCUUGCUCCACAGACGCCCAAGAUCUCCGUUGCUGUUGAUGUCGAGAUCGGUCAGGUUGACGCUCUCAUGCAGCAGGAGAUCGACAAAAAUCCCCGGCUUGCUUUCAAACAGAUUGUUCAGGCGGCCAUUUCUGAGCAUGUUGUUCGUGAAACAUAUGCUGUCCACUCUCGCUUAUCCACGUUGCAUGGUCUUGUUAAGGUACCUGCUGCACAGCUUGCAAACGUCUUGAAGCGAAGUGGCCCAGAUGGUAUUUUUACCAAAGAGAAUGGCACGACCGCUACGGCUGUGGCCACUGGUCUGCGUGACUGGGGAUGGGUUACCAUUCCGGUCAAAAGUUGGCCCCUUGCUGCGUCUAACUGCGUUUGGCUUGUUGGCACUGCUGAUACAACCGUUACCAUCGUGAAAGAUGGUGCUCGGCCUCCCUCUGCACCUACUGUCGGUUCUGUUGAGGCUGAAGACCCUUUGCAGGUCAAUGAUCCUUGGGCUCGUUUCAAGCGCGAUCAGGUGGCUUCUGUCUCUCCUUCGUUUCAGCCACCUACGCCUAAAACCCCGCCUCCCGCCCCACCCAAAGUGCAAGCUGUUGUGGAAUCCCACAUUGUGGAUGCUGAGACUCGUCUCACUGCACAUGUUGAUGGUUUGAUGCAAACUCUUCGUCAAGAGGUCUCGCAGCAGAUUAAUGCAAUGCGUGCAGAGUGCAGUAAUACUACUGUUAGUGAGCGAAUCCAGUCCAUUCGUCAGGCUUUCGACCAGGAAUGUGAGAAGUCUCGUGCUGCACAGACUGUGGUUGAGCAACAACUUAAGGAAACUGCCGCGUAUGUUAAAAAGCUUGCAUCGGGUUUUGUUGAACAGGUGCAAGAACUGAAGCAACAGCAGAAAGGCAUGGAGGAGAGGUUGAUCGAGGCGACCUCUGCUUCGGCAAAAGCCAGCCCUGCCGGCAAAGCCCCUCGCUCCGUGUUUGCUGCCGUCUCUCUCGUGGCAUACCCGUUGCCAGGCGCAUCACUGGUAUGUGUUGCCUUUUCUCACUUUUGCGUCCUGUCGCAUCUGCUUCUCCUUCGCUGA